CAUUGCGAGUUCGCCGCAGCUCUUCUUUGUUCUUUGCUUGCUCCAUCGCUGAUUGAUACAUACAGCUCGCGGAAUCCGGUGGCGGUGGUGUUGUUUGUAUUGGAUUUUGUUGAGGUGGCUGCGCGUCGAUCAAUGGCGGCUGCUGCUCCGUCUCCGGCCCCGGCGCUGUCCCCGAAGGUGGUGGUGGCGACGUCGCCCAAGGCGGCGGGCGACAGGAAGGUGGUCGUGCCGGUGGUGCCCGCUGACGAGGCGGCGCAGAGCGAGAUGCACGUGCUGGCGGUGGACGACAGCUCCGUCGACCGGGCGGUGAUCGCGAAGAUCCUCCGCAGCUCCAAGUACAGAGUGACCACCGUGGAGUCGGCGACGAGGGCGCUGGAGCUGCUCUGCCUCGGCCUCGUGCCCAACGUCAACAUGAUCAUCACCGACUACUGGAUGCCCGGCAUGACCGGAUACGAGCUCCUCAAGCGCGUCAAGGAGUCGUCUCAGCUCAAGGAGAUCCCGGUGGUGAUCAUGUCGUCGGAGAACGUGCCCAACCGGAUCAACCGGUGCCUUGAGGAGGGCGCCGAGGACUUCCUGCUCAAGCCCGUCCGCCCCUCCGACGUGUCGCGGCUCUGCAGCCGGAUCAGAUGAUCGAUCGCCAUGCGCUGGAUCCUAUCAUGGAGGAUGAUUAACCCCUAGGAAUUUUUUUGUCUCCUUUUUCUUUCUUUCUCAACUGACACUUCUUGGACAUAGAUCUUCUGCUGCUGCCGCUGCCUCAAACAAGCUAAACAUUUGGGGCGGCUUAGGAGAUGAUUAGCCUUACUUACCUUAGCAAGUUUAGGAUUAGGUGUCAGGCAUUUGCCUGUUCCUCUCUGUGCUCUGCAAAGAUGCCAUGAAAAAAAAGAGAGACGAGCAAAUUCUUCAGAAGCUUCUCUUCAGGAAGAAGCUUGUCUUGUUACAUGUUGAAAUGGCAUCAGAGCAUCAAUCUGUUUUUAACUGUUUCAAGAUCGGUCAGAGUUUUGACAUUAAUUUAUGGCUUACUUCCAAUGAACCAUGCAUCAUCACAGUUUCUUGGCA